AUGGCAGAGCUUCUGGGCAUCGUCGCUGGCGGAGCUGGACUUGCCUCUCUAGCACUCCAGUUAGUCGAUGGCGGCCAGAAACUGCGACAGCGUUAUAAGAACGUCAAAGGCUUUGGGGGCAACAUCACUUGGUUGAGUGAAGAUGUCGAGCUCAUCGGUAAACAACUCAUGCAACUCGAAGCCAGCGCAGACGACAUCAUGCAAGAGCAGCUUGGCCCAAUCAUGAUGGGGAGAUGUCGAGACCGCUCUAUAAGAGUAGCAGAUCGCUUAACGAAUCUGGCUGGUGGUAUACCAGAAACCUCGUCCAGAAGACAGAUUAUACGAACUACAUUCAGGUCAAGUCAAUGGAAGGGCGAGCUUGAUGACCUUCAGGUUUUUGUCACUGGUCUUAAGCAAGACAUAUCACAGUACACUACUCCUCCGCUCUCCGCAAUCGAAACUGUCGUUGACUUCGAUGCACCUGGAUUUGUAAUUCUGGAGAAGCUGGCCUUCGAAGAAAUAGACUGGGCAACUGCCGAGAUUGAGUUCAAAGAUCUAUACAAGGCUUGCCCUGGAUUUCAAGCCCAAGAAAUGAUGGUGCUCUACGGGGGCUAUGAGGGCCCUAUCUUCUCUCUCACUGCUCUUGGGUGCGAUUUCGCGAAUGCUGGGCCGACUAGGGACGUGUGGAAUUUGCCCUACACUUGUAGAGAUGACCCUUUCCAUUUGCACUUUACGAAAACACUUCUUGCAGUAAAUUCGAAAGAUGUCCAAGAUUUUGGGGAUAACCCUCCCCUCCAUACUUCGCUCUUAUUUGGAUCGGAUGAAGAUUUCAAGUUUUGUCUUGAGAGAAACACACAACCUUUCGAAAAGGUCGUGAACUUUCGGGGCCAGUCAGCAUUUCAUAUCGCCGUUUUCCAACCUUCGCGUGUGGCUCAACUCCUGGCUGCUGGUCAUCCAGUUGACUUGAGCGAUGAGAACGGCACGACUCCUUUGAUCUAUGCGGCAACAGCAAAUGUGCCAGAUUCAGUUAUGAUUCUUAUUGAGAAUGGCGCCAAAUUAUUGCUCCCUGUAACUGGUCACACUAUUUUCCAUGAAGGUGUUUGGCCCGAUUGGAAUGUGGUGUGGCAGAUCAUCGACUUCGCUUCAGCAUCACAUCCAAAUCUUAUACCUCGGCUAUUCAAAGACCUGCUUUUACACUCUCGGAUCUUUGUGGACAAAGAAUGCUACUCUGCACAUGUCUCCGACUUUCAAGACGGCUGUAUUAACUUCUGGUCCCGAGUGGUUUCCACACUCGGCAGCCCCAACUUCGCCUUCGACGACGGCACAACCUUGAUGCACAUGACCCGCGAUUCCCAAUCUGCGAGAGCUCUCAUGAAACUAGGCUUUACCGAGUUCAAUCAAAAGAUGGGGGAUUUACUUCUCCACCUCUCAUCAUUACAUGAUCCGUUCCUGUUCCAGAUUGCUUUUGCGAAUGGCGGCGACGCACUUCUACAAACCGGCUGGGGCUGGGAUGUCACUGACAGGUUGCUCCAUGACCUUGAAACAUGCAGCUGGAAAGAGUUUCCAGAAUCGUUAGAAACUUUGCGGUUCAUCCUUGACAAAGGGGUACAAUUCCCGCCCCGGGAUAAUUGCGUAUACAUCAAUCACGCUCCCAAGUGGAUGGCCUGUUCGUUAAGGGCAUUUGCGUGGCUUGAGGUAUCAGAAAGGCAUGGGGCGAUGGAAAGAGUAAAGCAAGUUUCCCUCACACUUCUGCGGCAAAUGUAUUUCGACCAAGCUGGUCUGCAUCACACAUGCUGCACAAUGUGCAACUCUGACUUGGCCUAUGACAUUAACGACCGCUUUUGGGACAUUUCCGAGCAAAUCAGUCUUGAUGCAUUGAAUCUGAAGAUAACAGGCCUAUCCAAGAAGCCGUAUCCGGUAUUGAAGAUCGAGGUUAUGGUCGGUGUCCGAGACGUCUGGAAAAGAAAAUGCGCAGAACAAUGGCCCGAGCCGCGGCUUGCACCCAACUUGAGGUCGGCAAUCCAGAGCGAUAGGGCGGAAGAUUUGAUGGAGUUACUGAAGGUGAUUCGAACAUCCAAACAUCCCAAGAUUCCAGAGCCAUUUUCAAGCCAUUGGGAUCGUAUUGUUGAGAAGAAAUUGGAAUCUGACCAUUGGACCUUGGAGUAUGAUCUUGAGUUGGGCGUGGUUAAGCUUGGGGUUGGUCUCUAUCGGUGCGGAGGUGAUCAGUUCGAGAGCUGGCUUCCACUACUAACUCAGCUGACAGAAGUGCUUCUUGCUGAAGAGUCAGUAGCAUCGGAAUCUUGA